CAGAUAGUCACUUCCACCAGUGACGAUAGUGUAGGACCAGCUGAUUUUUCAUCUCCAGGUUUUAUCUUUUAGUAGAAUUAUAUAGUUUUUGUACCUGAUAUUUAUGUAAAGAGCUAACCUCCUAACAUUCAUCUCCACAACAAGAUCUUCAGUGCUAUGGCGACAAAACUGGGUCCUAAACGUUCCCGGAAGAGAAAGGCAGAUGAGCACCUUGGGCAGAAAUCAGAUCGGCAUGACAAGGUGUUUAAUGACCCAAUCCAUGGUCACAUCGAGCUGCACCCCCUGCUAGUGAAGAUCAUCGAUACUCCUCAGUUCCAGAGACUGCGGUAUAUUAAACAGCUGGGAGGAGCCUACUUUGUGUUUCCUGGAGCUUCACACAACCGAUUUGAACACUCAGUAGGUGUUGGAUAUUUAGCAGGUUGUCUCAUUAAAACUCUAAGUGAAAAACAGCCAGAGCUUGGCAUCACGGAAAAAGACAUCCUGUGUGUUCAGAUUGCUGGCUUGUGCCAUGACUUGGGUCACGGCCCAUUUUCACAUCUGUUUGACCGCAUGUUUAUCCCAAGGGUCCGUCCUGAACUGAAAUGGGAGCAUGAAACUGCAUCAGUGAAAAUGUUUGAGCAUCUGGUGAAGGAGAAUAACCUGGAGGAUAUGAUGAAAGAUUAUGGUCUUUCUAACAAAGACCUCAAAUUUAUCAAAGAACAAAUUGCAGGACCUUUGAAACCCUCUGCACAAAACAAGUGGGCCUACAGUGGAAGACCUGAGGAACAGUCCUUCUUGUAUGAGAUUGUGGCAAAUAAGAGGACUGGCAUUGAUGUGGACAAGUGGGAUUAUUUCGCAAGAGACUCGUAUCACCUGGGACUCAAGAACAUCCCAGACUACCAGCGUUUCCUAAAAAUGGCCAGAGUGUGUGAGGUCAAUGGGAAGAAGAUCAUCUGUGCCAGAGACAAGGAAGUCCAUGAUUUAUAUGACAUGUUUCACACAAGACACUCCCUACACCGCAGAGCCUAUCAGCACAAAGUGACCAAGAUCAUUGAGGAAAUGAUAACAGAAGCCUUGGUCAAAGCCGAUCCUUACAUUCUGAUCCAGGGAUCCCCUGGAAAGAUGUACAAAAUGUCAGAGGCCAUAGACGACAUGGAGGCCUACACCAAGCUCACAGAUAACAUCUUUGAGCAGAUCCUGUACUCCUCUAAUCCAGACCUGUCUGAAGCUCAGACCAUCAUGAAGAAUAUUCUCUGCAGAAAAUUGUACAAGUGUGUGGGACAGACGAUACCUAAAAAAGCUCUUAAUUUCAGAGCUUUAAGCUUUAAGAAAGCAUUAGCCAAAGAAGUGGCUAAGUCCAAACCUGAUGACCCUGAGUUUGUCCUGAAAGCUGAAGAUCUCAUAAUCAGCGAAUUUGGUAUUGAUUAUGGCAAGAAGGAGAAAAACCCCAUCGACAACGUCUACUUCUACUGCAAGCACAACCCCACUGAAGCCUUUCAGAUCCGCAAAGAACAGGUGUCCAAGCUGCUGCCGAACAAAUUUUCUGAGAAGCACAUCAGACUUUACUGCAAACAGACAGCUAAACUGGCAGCUGCAAAGAAAUACUUUCAGCAGUGGUGUAAGACGAACAACUGGAAACCUCAGGAUGCUAAACUUGAGGUUCAAGAAUUUACUCCUGCCAAGAAAACUAAAAAAAAAAAGAACAAUUAGAUGAGAGAAUACAGUUCGGGUAAAGAAAGACCUUUUUAACACCCAGCAUGGACAACCCCGUUGAAGCCACAUCGUACCCUGCUGGCAGACCAAAUGAAUCUGUGUAACUUAAUAAACCAAUUUUCAUGUUAAAGGUUUAAAUUGAUUCUAAACUGUUUACUGAAAAAUAUCUUACAGCUGGUGCGUUAAUAUUAUUCAGAAUUUUAAACUGACUUAAACUCUAUCUUGGGGUCAUAACAUAUAUACUUCCAUUACUUUUUAGUUGUAUUUAGGGUACAGAGGAAAACUGUUGUCUUCUAUUGCUUUACAAAAUAAUUAUUUUUACUUUAAGCAUUUUCUUUCACAUGGUCAUUUAACUGAUUUACCUUCAUGUAGGGACUUUCUGACAUUUAAGACUUUCUAUUAAGUUUACUUGGUGAUGUGUCUCAAACAUGGAUGAACUGAUAAACAGGCUACAGAUGUUGUGCUAGAUAAAUGUUAAUAGGAGUGAUUACUGUAAAUGACUGGACAUGGACUUGGGCUGUGUCUGAUUUGCAUAGGCAUGCAUAUUUAAUUAGGAGGAAGUGGUAGAGAUGAUUUGUCGUUUCCUGAAUGUGCCUUGUUUCCCUAACGUAACAUUGCUGCAUGUGAUAACAUCGUGUGUGUGUGUGUGUGUGUGUGUGUGUGUGUGUGUGUGUUACCCUGGCUCUGCCUACCAAAACCAGCGUCCAUCACUUUAAAGACUCAAGAACUUCAUUAGCAGCAAAACAUAACACAGUAACUGCUGGUCCGUCUUCGGUGUUCCUGAAUGCUUGUGUUAUUAAGAUGAUUAUUUUUGCACUUUGUGUUUGUACAUCCUGUUGGUUUAUUAGAAGUUGUAUUUUUUAUGUAAUAUAUGCUGAAAAACACACCUGUAUGCAUCUUUGCCAUUAAAUUAUAAAUGGAUAUCA